AUGGAGAGGAUCAGGAAGGAAAUAAUUCUGAUGGAACGGGGUCUGCACGGUCCUCCUGGCAAGAGGGUGUCGAAUUUGUCAGACUCAGCUGGAAACGUGGAGGAGGCCCUAGAAAAUUCUCAUCACACUGGUCGUCUCAGCCCCAGAUCAACUUCCGCCUCCCUUCACAACACUGUUGGGGACACUCCAACGAACGGGAAAUUCGAAAUAGACAAUUUAUUCCACCACCAGCACUCCAACGACAGCACGUCUUCGUCUGAAAUUUCGUCCUCGGAAACCAGAAAAAAAUUCUCCCUGUACUCGGAACUUGCCGGUCGGGAGAAAGAGGCAGAUAUGAACAGUGAUGUGGACGUGGGCUGUUCGACACUCCGCUCUCCUGUCGGCGUCAAUGCAACGCAGCUCAAAGAAAACGCCAACAAAGUGUAUUCUGAUAACAAUGGUUCAACUAAUAGUUCAUCGAGUGGGUCCAAUGUUACGAAUCUAAACGGCAACUCCAACUCAAUAGGCAGUUCGGGCUCUAGUUCUGACCAGGUGAGAAGGUACCGGACAGCGUUCACCAGAGAACAAAUUGGUCGACUGGAGAAAGAGUUUUACAGAGAAAACUAUGUCUCCAGACCCAGGCGAUGUGAACUGGCAGCCGCUUUAAACCUACCCGAAACUACUAUCAAGGUCUGGUUCCAGAACCGACGGAUGAAAGACAAGCGGCAGCGUCUGGCCAUGUCGUGGCCCCACCCGGCGGACCCGAGCUUCUACACCUACAUGAUGACCCACGCGGCGGCCACCGGCAGUCUGCCGUACCCUUUCCACUCGCACGUGCCGCUGCACUACUACCCGCACGUCGGCGUGACCACCGCCGCCGCCGCGGCCGCCGCCGCCGCCGCCUCGGGCACCGCGCCCUUCCCCACCUCCAUCCGCCCGCUCGACACCUUCCGCGCCCUCUCGCACCCGUACUCCCGACCGGAGCUGCUGUGCGGGUUCCGCCACCCGGGCCUCUACCAGUCGCCCCACCACGGCCUGAACAGCAGCGCGGCGGCGGCCGCGGCGGCGGCGGCUGCGGUGGCCGCCUCGACGCCCGGGGGCGGGGGCGGGGGUGGGGUCGGCGGCGGGGGCGGCCCCUGCUCGUGCCUGAAUUGCCACAGUAACCAAAGCGCGGCCCUGGGGCCCCGGGGCUCCGGCUCCGACUUCACCUGCACCGCCGCUGCGCAGAGGUCGUCGGAGAGCGGUUUCCUGCCCUACUCGGCGGCGGUGCUCAGCAAAUCGGCGGCCGUGUCCCCGCCCGACCCGCGGGAGGAAGCCUCGCUCACCAGAUAA